CUCUCAGUCUUCUCCUGUAAAUUCCUCAGAAGCAAAAUCUUCCUCAGUUUACUGAUCCAUGGAUUCCUACGAUUCUCUGCUACAGAAACUCCGGCUUCCACAGCCGUCGCUUCAACGAUUCGCCGUCACUUCAAUCUUCUGCAAGCUCCGAACUGCUCCGAAGCAUCUCAACUCCGAUUCCGGGCCGGGAAGGGAAGCGAUUUCCCAAUGCCUACUCCACUCCUCUCCCGCCGUCGUCGACCAAUCCGUUCGGGAGCUCUGCCGCUUCGUCAAGGAUUCGCAAAUGGACGUCUAUCGCGGCCUGAUGGAGCUCCAAGCUGCUCUUGAAGGAUCGGAAUCGCGGUUCGUUGACGUGUUCGUCAAGGGACUGGGAUUUCUAGUUCAGUUUGGAUUCCGGAAACACAAUGGUAAAUGGCAGUUUGGCUCGACGGAAACUCAUCCGUUUGUUAAGGUGUUGUCUUGUCGAGUUGAUGUCCAAGCCCAGCUCUUGCACCAAAUUCCGCUAUUUAUGGUACAGAAGAAGUCACUGGGAAUGGAGGCUGUUGGAGAAUUCUUAAGCCCAUUUGUGAACUAUUCCAUAUUAAGAACACAGUCUUCAGGCUUAUCAUCUUCAUCAUUUUCACGGAAUCUGAUAUCAUCAAUUAUGUCUGUUUGUUGCUCAUUUCCGCACGAGGCAAUGCCUCUAUUUGCUUUGUUAACCCGAAGCCUCAAGUUUGUCCCAUGCAAGACUCUAGAAGAUUUUUGGAACUUCAUACAUCUGGUGGAAUCUUUGGUGGAUACCUGUACUGUGGUUCUAAAACUCUUAGUCACCAAUGGAUCGCAUCUCAUAAUGGAGGCUCAACAACGCAGCAUAGAACUUCUAGAUACAAUUCUCUCCCUAUAUGCAUGUCUUGAUAGGCAUGUUUCUGGCUUUGAGCGCAUUAUUGAACUAUCAAAAUACUUGCUGUUGGUACAAAAGGACCUCGGGAUGCAAUAUGUACCUAAGCUAUCCUCAGCCUUCCCAUCGUUAUUUACAAUCCUCAUAAAAUCAGAGCUAGAGCAUGAGCAAUUGUUGAUUUUGAAACUUCUUCUCUCCCUCUUGCGGUGGAAAGCUGAACAUGAUGUUCCUAAUAGGACGAGGACACUUGUUCCGAGUGAAGAACUUUUAUUUGUCUUUCCUGCCAUCAGCCUCAUGUCAUCUCCUUCAAAAUCUAUUAAAGGAGCAGCAACUGAAUUGCUUUCCAUAUUAGAAAAGUUUUUGGUGACACUAUCAAUGACCACAAAGGAUGAAGUUGUAAAGGAGAGGGGGUUUCACUUUCCAUCGAUUAGCACACCUGGAUCUAUUGUUGUUAAGCUUUUGGAAAAGCUACGUUUCCAGGAACUUUCUUCACUAUCCAGUAGGUUCUUUUUGGGCCAGAGUAAUGGCAAAGAUGAUAAUGAUUUGCCCAGGAAGUGUUGGACACAUAAAUUAAGAGAGUACUCAUUAUGGAUUGUUGAUAGGCGGAAAUCACUCUUGCCCCUCUCUCAAUUUGAGGAAUUAUUUGUUUCAGAAAUGCCCUUCCUCGUAAGUGCAAUCACUGCCGUUAUGGUGGUACAUCAUUCAUUGGCGAGUGAUGCUGUACAGUUACUAGCUGCAAUCGGAAUUUUGGAUCCAAAAAUUGGAUUUCAAUUGUUGCUUCUAGUCCUCUUUUACAGUAAUAUAUUUUCAAGGAAAGAAGUUGAUCGCCAGGAUAUGGUGCUUAAACUUUUGGCAAUACUUCCAUGCCUUGCUUCUCAUAGUGAAAUGGUUCCAUUCAUAGUUGAAGCUAUUUCACCAAUGCUUCGCAAGGAUUCAAAACCAGUUUUAUAUGCUACAGCAACCCGAUUGCUCUGUCAAACCUGGGAAAUCAAUGAUCGUGUAUUUGGGAGUCUGCAAACAGUCCUAAUUCCCAAGGGAUUUUCUGACUUUGCUUCGGAGAGAGAGAUUUGUCUCAGUUUGGCUGCAUCAAUUCGAGAUGUUUGCAGAAAAGAUGCAGAUAGGGGUGUGGACCUUAUCUUGUCUGUUUCGGCAUGUAUUGAAAGCCCUGAUCCCAGGAUUCAAGCUCUUGGAUUUCAAGGCCUUGCACAUCUAUGUGAAGCUGAUGUAAUUGAUUUUUACACGGCAUGGGAAGUCAUUGCUGAAUAUCCACUGGACUAUUCUGCAAAUCCAAUUCUUGCAAAAAGUCUCUGCAAUCUUCUCAGGUGGGGUGCGAUUGAUGCUGAAGUCUAUCCGGAUGCUUCAAGUGACAUUAUAAGAAUUCUUUUUGCUGUUGGUACAUCGACUACUAGUUGUGAACACGAUUUACAGUGGACAAAGGCUAAGGCUUCUGCUUUUGAUGCCUUAGCACAGUAUGAGGUGCCCCUUCUCGAGAAUAUUUCUGAUUUCAAAGAAAGGUGCACGUCGCUUCUUUCUACCGAGACAGAUUUGAACAUCCUCAGUGCCAUAAAAGAUCUUCUGGUCAAGAUUAUAGCUUAUGAGCACAGUAACCGAAGACGACUGGUAAAGGAGAAGAGAGUUGCAGGAAGUAAGAUUGAGAAGCUACUAGAUGUCUUUCCUCGUCUUCUCUUUUCAUCAGGGAACAGAAGUAAUGUCAAGGAACUGCCUGCUGCUGCCCUACUAUGUCAUUCUUUUUCUUCUAGAAAAGGGAAUGAUCCAGCAAGAAGAACACCAGAUAAACAUGCCAGUUAUGAGAAUGCACUGUGUGAAAUUGCUGAAUCUCUUCAACUUUCAAGAAACAUUGUCAUGGCUGUCUUAGCCCUGGAAUCAUGGAAACCGUUUAUGGAACGCUGGUUGAAGUCUGAAAUUUUGUCCUUUGAUGUUAGAGAUACUGCAGUUAUGUCAGAUAAAACUUGUAAAGCUGCUAAUGACAUUUUGAAGAUUGUAAUACAUGCUGCUGAAGAAGCUUUGCCUAGAUCUGCUGAGAAUAUGGCCCUUGCUAUGGGUGCACUUUGUAUGGUCUUGCCUCAGUCUGCUCAUGCUGUGAAAUCAACUGCUUCCAAGUUUCUGUUAAAUUGGUUGUUCCAGUAUGAGCACGAGCAUCGUCAAUGGCCAUCUGCUAUAUCUCUUGGAAUAAUCUCCAGCUGCCUACAUGUCACUGAUCAUAAAUUGAAAUUUCAGAACAUCUCUGGACUUCUUGAGGUUUUGAGUGUUAGCAAAAGCAUCCUCGUUAAAGGAGCUUGCGGUCUUGGGUUAGGCUAUUCUAGUCAUGAUCUCCUUUCCAGGGUUGAAAUUGUUGAUAAAUCUAAGUUGGACAAAGAUAAGCAGACAACCAAGAUAGAGGAAGUAGAGUUACUUGGAGCUAUAGUUAGGGCGUUAUCUUUGAUGAUAUGUCAGUUCACAAAAUCUUCGAAAGAUAUGUUGGAAGAUCUCUCGGUGCUAUUUCCAGUGCAUUCUUUCGAUAUCAGUGUAGAUGCUCAGCUGUUGCAUGAGAAUGGUGACUUAGAAGAAGAAGUGUGGGGUGUUGCUGGACUAAUUCUUGGUCUGGCUAACACCAUUGUUGCAAUAUACAAAGCUGGAGAAUAUGAUGCUGUCCUGAAGAUUAAAAGCUUGAUUACCUCAUGGAUUCCUCAUGGAAAUUCUGUGCUUCAAUGCUCUGGUUCAUUUGAUGAAGAUGCUAGCAGAAGUUUGUCUGUUGGAUCCUGUCUCGCACUACCAACCAUAAUGAUGUUUUGUCAUAGAUUGGAGUUGAUUAAUGGCAAUGAACUUGACCAUCUAGUAAACACAUAUAAGGAGAUUAUAUCCGAAUUGUUAUCUGUUAAAAGAUCUAGUACAUCCCACCAGAAUUUGAUGAUGGCAUCAUGCAUAGGAGCAGGGAACCUUCUUGCUUGCAUUUUAAAUGAGGGGGUGCAUUCUAUUGAAGUUGGAUGUGUCAAGGAGUUGCUGGAGUUAUUUAGAAGGUGUUAUUCUAAUCCAUACAAUCCGAUGAUCCAUUUUGGCGGAAUGCUUGGAGUAGUUAAUUCAAUGGGGGUGGGCGUUGGAAGUUUGUUUAAUGUGCAUCCUACUACAACGUCAUCAGUGCAAGCUGAACAUGACCUAAUGGAAUCUUCUCAUCUUAUGGGUCCGCUACUUUCAAGUCACGUUUGUGAGCCACUGUUGACGUCAUUGAUGCAAGAGAUGUAUCUUGUUGCACAGAAUUCUGAUGACAACCAAUUGCAGCAAUAUGCAGCAUGGGCAGUUUCAUUCCUUAGACAUAAUAUUUGGUCAAAGCAAUUUUCAAAGCUUCAGAUCUUAAAUGAGACCAAUGUAGCUGGUUCCAGAUCUAUACCUCAAAAUUUCCAAAUGGAUGGUGUAGUUAUGAGACUAUGCAAUUUGCUAAUGCAAGUGAAUCUUUCACGGACAGUUGCAACUACACAUAUUGACACCGUAGUAACCACAUUACGGUGUCUCUCUCAAGCUCCCAGAUUGCCAACCUUGGACUGGGGAGCAAUUAUCAGGCGCUGCAUAAGAUAUGAGGAUCAAGUUUCUGAAUUGCCGCCACCAGGUUCUGCUCUUAGAAAGGGUAGUCUAAAGGAGGAAUGCUUGAAGUUCUCAUUAGCACAUGCAAACCAAUUCGACGAACUACUUAUUUUUCUUGAUGAGCUCUCCGACAUCUCGAGGUUCAGGAAACUUGUGCUUAAUCUGCAGUCAUGUCUGCUCAUUCACCUGGCAGAUCUCGUGAAAGUAUUCUCCAAUUCGAGGGUUGAGAAACUUCUUGAUGACAUGACAAGAUACUUGCCUUCUGUUUACUCGGAUCAACUCUAUAACAAUUAUGAGAAGCACUUAUUAAGCAUCUCAUGUUGGAAGGGCCUCUACCAAUGUCUUGAAGAGGCUUCUCUCGAUUCCUUAGAAUGCGUAUCUCAUAUUGAAAACUUGAUGGAGGCUCUUUUUACCAUGCUACCCACAUUGCCCUCCUGUACCAACACAGAAGUAGAUGAGGUACACUCCCCAAAAGAGUGGUUCGAGGCGAUACGAUGCCUAGGCAAGGCACGGCAGACAUGGUUGCUGAAGUUCCUUCAGAUUUCGCCCGAGGAUCUAGUAUCAAGAGAUGAAAAGUUUUUUGAAGUUCUAAAAAAGAUGAAAGCCAAAGCCAAGCUGAUCAGGAAUGGUUCUCUCCCACUGAGCGAGCUGGGAAAAAUGAAAACCCUGAUGCUGAACUUGAAAUCACAAGAUGUGUGGGAUGUACUAAUUGAGGUUGCAGCAGCUGUUCAACUUGCAGAGGGAAACGUCAAGAGGCAAUGGCUCGUUGAUGCAGUGGAAAUUAGCUGUGUGUCAGUUUAUCCUUCCACGGCACUGCAGUUUCUUGGUCUACUAUCAGGUGGCUUCUGCAAAUACAUGCCUUUACUGAUUCUGGACCCUCGUGCCGUGUUGGACGAUCUACCGGUUACCCUUAAUUCUCUUCUAUCCGUAUCUGGCUGGGGUUCCAUUGUAGAGCCCGUCGCUUCCCAUCUCCUUGCCUCGACUGAGCGCAUCUAUUACUCGGUCACCGACAGUCCAAAUGUGGAUGGUGCACAUAGCUCCCAAGCUAUUGAUGAAAGUGAAAUUGACAUAGGUGUCUCUCUGUUACAUGUGAUGCAUAAUACCUGUGUUUCUUUGAAGGACUUCUUGCCAUUGGAGAGGCAGAUUAGGCUUGCCAACAUGAACAUGAAAUUGUACGACGGAAGAACUUUUGUUUACUGAUACGUGAAAUGAGAAAUGUUUAUAAGUAUUUAUAGAAAAAGUAAAUAACUCACCACUAA